GGGGUCCAAAAGUUUGCCAACAUGGCGUUGGAGGCAGAAUAGAGAUGGAGUUGCAAGCGUAGAGGAGCGGGUAGAGAUGGAAUUUCAAGCAUAGAGGAGCGGGUAGAGAUGGAGUUGCAUGUGGCGUCGACCUUGCAUGGAGCCAUGCGGAUGGACAGGCGAUCAGUCUCAGCGUCCUUUUUUGCAGCUCCGGGAGUAAUUGCAAAGCGUCAUUCAUUUUUUGGAUGCACGCAGAGUCUGAGGUGCUCUCUUUCUUCUUCCUCUUCUUCUUGUUCCUUUUCUGAGCAAAAAUGCAAGAAUUUGGUGAUCACGGCCGUCAUAAAGAGAAAGAAGGGUUACAAGCUUGAUUCCGUAAUUGAUGGAGAGAAGAAGCUGAAGCACAUGAUUAAGAUUAAAGAGAUUCUUGUGAAGCAACCUGGUGAGAUAAUGUCGUUGCAAGAUUUAGAGAAGUAUUGGAAAUAUUUAGGAUUGAAAGGGAAGAAAAAAACUCUUCCCCUGCUACAUAGGUUCCCAGCGGUGUUUCAAGUGUACGAGGAAAGAGAUGUAGAGUACCUUCGGUUCACGUCUCAAUAUCAGAUGCAGUAUGUUAAGGAGAAGGAACUGCUUGAGGAGAUGGAGCAUAUCGCUGUAACGAAAUUACGGAAACUUCUGAUGAUGUCCAUUGAUAGAAGCAUCGCGAUACCAAAGAUCGAACAUAUCCGGCAACAGCUAGGUUUGCCAGAUGAUUUCGCUACUUCGGAUUUCUUGUCCAGACAUAGUCAGUAUUUUAAGGUUGGAUCGUGUGGCCUUGGCCCGCUUUUAAUUCUGGAGGAGUGGGAUUCAGCACUAGCAGUCACAGCUCUGGAGAAAUCUGCUCAGGAUAACCAGAAAGCCAGAGAAGAGCUAGAAAAGAAAUUGGCAAGGAGUCUAGGUGAGGAGAUAGAAAUGCAGGAGUCUAUAUUUGCACUAACCCCUAGGUUUCAGAAGAAAACUCUAACAUUGCCAGGGAAUCAAAAAAUUAAGAAGGCCGAUAUGUUAAAACUUCUUCAAUUUCGGGAACUUAAUGCGAUUUCCCCGUACAAGGGAAUUGAAAAAAACAAUUUAAAACAAGGUACACCUGAAGCUGAGAAGGCUGCUGUUCUAGUUGUACACGAGCUUUUAAGUCUAACAUUAGAUAAGAAGAUGGCAUUGGGUCAUCUUUCUCAUUUUCGAAGAGACUUCCACUUGUCUCAGCAUAUAUGGGGAUUGCUCGUAAGACACCCUGAAUACUUUUACGUAUCCUUGAAGGGGAACAGCAACACCGUAUUCCUUCACGAAGCGUACAAAAAUUCUGAGCUGAAAGAAAAAGAUCCUUUGGUAUCGUUGAGAGAACGAAUGUUAGAUCUGGUUUCAAUAGGAAGGCUACGUGAGAACUUGGAUAGUAUCAUGGAUGGAGACGGGUCUGAGGGCGAGAUCGAAGACGAAGACGACGUAGACGAUGACGACGACUACGAUUGGGAUGAUAAUGACGACGAAUAUUUGUUUGAACAGAUUCGGAGAGCAUCGAACGGAGGGAGUGGUGACAUUGAAUGAUGGUAAGCUGUUUUGUUGAGUGGAUCGCUACGGAGGGUUCGCUUGGUUUUAGAUUACCCAUCAUUUGACAACAUUGUGAAAGCCUAUCAUGUCCUUACCCUUCAUAUGUUGAUCCUUCGUAAGGUUCAGCUUCUGAAAUUUUGGUCUUCACUUGUGAAUAUAUAUAUCUAUGUAUAUAUAUACAUAUCUUUCUCUUCUACGAAUUCCCUUCCAGAUGGUUCUCUCUCUCUCUCUCUCUCUCUCCUUCUCUUUCUCCCUCUCGCUCUCUCUUUGUCCGUCCCUUUACCACCUUACUCUCUUGUUGCUGAGCGUUUGAGUUGAUGUAAUUUAGCAGUGAUGGUAUGUUUGUGGCAAUCACAAAGUCGUUAUGAAAGUUAUCCUUCAACUCAUACAGGGAAGUGCAGAAGAUUAAAAUCCGUUGUGUAGACAAUAGCUUACGGUAUAUUAGGCAUCAUUUGCAGAGUUGACUUGCAGUUCGUAUUGUAAGAAACGUGACUUGAAAUCCAUUGAUCGUUCUUUAUCAUUGUGAAGAUUAUGAGAAACGAAGAAGUUUUGGAAAA